AUCUAUUUGUGUUUCUAUAUUCGAUUAAGAAUGCAUGAAUAGUACGCAACCUUUUUCAUCAUAUGCUCGACCUAUAAAUAAAGCAUUGGGGAAACCCACCUUAUUUGUGCAUUACAAAGCAUAAACUUGUAUCAAUUAUUCCGUACUAACACUUAAGGUAACAAUGGCGUCAGUGCAACAAGCUCAUGACACGAACCAAUUAUCCGACAAGGAGAAAGCAGCAAUCGAAGAGGCAAUGAAGGAGGCAGAAUCAUCUUUCCUAGCAAGAAAAAACAACAACAAGAAUUCAAAGGGUUUGAGUGAAGAUAAGAGUGUUUAUGUCACUGGCAUUUUGAAGAAUCUCUACCCUGAAUAUAUCUACCUUGAUUCUUGUGGGGAUUAUGCUCCGUGGAGGGGUUGGUUUUGGGAUGAGCCUCCAAAUAAAAUUGAUGUGAAUGGUAUUGGUGCGUUUGCAUUCAGGGCCGUGAAGGAUUUCCCCAGGUCCGUGUGCAAGAGUAAAAUAGUCUUUAGUUCAAAGUCAAAUCCUUCACUUGGAUGGCUCUUGGCUUGGGACAAGAGAGAUAAAAUUAACCAGGUGUACGUGGAAGCUGGGACUCUAGACAGGCUCAAAGAAAUGUCGGACUUUGCAAUUGAAAAUAAACUAUAUCAAUCGGGUAAUAUAAGUCGUUACUGGGAUAGCGACACAGGUGCUUCAGCAGCGGCUGAAAUAAGGGAGCAUGAUGACUACACGGCUUUCAUUGUUGCCACCUUUGACCAGUUCCACGGAAUUCCCCAACAAUCUUAAUUAAUUAAUUAAGGGUUUUUCUACCCCUGUAUUUCUUUGAUUUCUACGUUGUACCCAUGCAUUUAAAAUUUUCCACAUUAUACCCAUGUACUUGUAAUAUGUAGUCAAUCUUAUCCAUGUUGUUCAUUUAA